GCAGGAAAGCACAGCAACGGGGGGGGCGGGGCGAAGGCAGUCCACUUCCGCUUCCUCCCUCGGAGGCCUCCUCCCCUCCUCCUUCCGCGGCCAUGAUGACGGAGGCGCACCGGCAGCUGCUCCAGGCGCUCCUGGGGCUGGGACUGGUGGAGGCGGAGCGGGCGCGGAAGCUGCAGCGCCUGGCUUGCGAGGCCCACCGCGUGCCUCAGGAACCGCUAGACACCUUCAUUAGCACCAUCAACACACACCUGCGGCCACUGUCCAUGGAGAUCCGGAAGGGCCUAGCCGAGGAGGAUGGGAGACCCCACUACGCCCUGGUGAACCUGGCCGCAAAUGAGAUUACCCAGCUGGCUAGUGACUAUGCAGAAAAUGAGCUGGAGCUCUUCAAGAAGACGAUGGACCUGAUCCUCUCCUCGGAGAACGGCUUUGCCUCCUCCACAGCCAUCUUGAACCUGGCAGACCAACUUAAGCCGCGGAAGAUGAAGAAGGUAGAGGCCGAGCAGCUGCUGCAGAGUCUGGUGCAGAGCAAGUGGCUGCAGGAGAGGGAGGGGGAGUACACCCUCUCAGUCCGCAGCAUCCUGGAGCUGGAGCAAUACAUCUUCUGCCAUUACCCGGACCUGGCCCACAAGUGCCACUUCUGCCAUAGCCUCUGCAUUCAGAGCCAGGUCUGUGAGGACUGUGGGACCGUGAUGCACCUGCACUGCCUGGGCAGGUUAUUCCACGCACAGGCUGAGCGUCGCUGCCCACACUGCAAGCAGUUCUGGCCUCACCAGGUGCCAGCCCAGAGCUGAGCACACAGGACCCCAGCCGCCCUUAGGGGGAGCCCCAAGGAGGGCAGGAGGAGGUCUCCAGCCUCAGAUGGCUUCAAAGGGCCCAGUUGCGGCAGCUAGCGCAGUUACAGUUGUUGUAAAGUUUGUUGAAAGGAAAUAGAUUUGUAUAUGUUUGUAAUAGUUGGAUUUUUUGGUAAAGUUUGAAUUAAAACAAUGUCUUUUAAAGUUUAAAAUAAAACAGUUUAUUAUAAAAUUUCAAAUAAAACUGGUUUGAUUCUC